AUGGAACCAAAAUCACAACAACCCAAAGAACCUUCAAUAGCCGACAUCAUCCCCGAACUAGAGCAGCAACGACGGAUUCUCGAAGACCAUGCGAAAAAGAUUGCGGGGCGCGGAGAAAAUACAAGGAGCGAGAGAAAAUACUCGACGAAAGACCUGUUCGUCUAUCCUGGAAAUGUCCAAUCCGAUAUCAAAGCAGUUGAAUACUUUGCAAAGCACAAUAAGGCUCAUCAAACUCAAAACGCAACUAAUGGAUUUAAGAUGGUAUACGGUCAGCUAUUAGGCGUGGUCAGAGAUGUGAUUGCACAAGCUCCCAGAGAAAUAAGGGGGAUCUUAGAUAUGAGAGGAACACUAGCAAUGAUGCUUAUGUGGCAACGAGAAUACCCUUACGAGAGCGAGGAAUGGACUCAAGUCUGUGACAAGAUUGUCAAUGAAUGGUUGAACGGUAUUAAGUAUUCGGCUUCGGAUAAAGCCAAGGAGGAAUACGUGAGACUGAGGCAAUUGAUGGAUCAUGUUAAUUAUUUGAGAAGGCAAGGUGAAGAAGGUAAGAAUUCCUAA